AUGAAUCUAAUUGAGCUGAAGCCUCUGGUUGCCAUGGCAGUCGCCAUUAGCAACGGUCGCCUUGACGACAUCCUCCAACAGAAGUUUCUCUCUGGGAGGAAUGGACGGCCGACAGAAGCUCACAGGCACAUGGCUGCGUUUCUCUCUGCGUUGCUCCCUCAUAAAAAGUUUGCAGCAGAGUUUAUUUCUCAUGGGGGAGUGCAGAAACUUCUGGAGAUCCCGAGGCCUUCAAUGGCGGCGACGGGCGUGUCUCUCUGCCUCUACUACCUGGCCUACAACCUGGACACGAUGGAGAGGGUGUGCCUUCUCCCAGAAAGCGUGCUGUCAGAUCUGGUGUCCUACGCCCUGUGGUUGCUGGAGUCGUCCCACACGUCGGGCGUCUGCCACGCCACCAUUUUUUUCUCCAUUUCAUUUUCCUUCAGGGCCGUGUUGGAGCUCUUUGAUCAGCAGGACGGCCUGCGCAGACUAGUCAAUCUGAUCACUACUUUGGCGAUCCUAAACACAGAAAACGAGGCGCCCGUAAUGAGCGAUGACCAGGUCUUCUCCAGCCGACAGACCAUCAGACACACCUGCAUGGCGAUACGCAGGUACUUUGAGGCUCAUCUUGGACUGAAGACUGAGCAGGUGAAACAGUCUCUGCACAACUCAGACAGUGGCUCCGUUGUUCCUCACCAGCCACCGUACAAGAGUUGUUUAUACACCAAAGAGCAAGUAAUUGAGAUGACGGAGUUUCUUAUCGAGUAUGGACCUCCUCAUCUCCACUGGGAACCAGUUGAAGUUUUCUACAAGUUGUCCUGCGUUCCUUUAAUGCUGCAGCUCAUAUCCACAGCUGCCGACUGGAAGACGUACAUCGGCAGGAGCGACAUAGCGCGCUUUGCUCUGGACAUCCUGGCCAUCUUGACAGCAGUUCCUAAAGUCCAGAUGGUGCUGGCGGACACUAUAGAGGUUCUGGAUGAAAACAGGUCAUCUGUUUCCACAGUAGGUAUGAGCAUCAUUUUGGGUGUUGCCGAGGGCGACGUGUUUGUUAAUGAUGCCGAGAUUCAAAAGUCAGCACUACAAGUGAUACUAAAUUGUGUGUGCGCCCCAGAAAAAAGCCUGAACACUGUUGGUGCUUUUGCCGUUACCCCUGUCAGGCAGUCUCUCCGCCACCAGGAGCCCCCCACCACUCACAACAGGGUGCUGGCCCACAUGUGGCAGGUGGUGCAGAACAAUAACGGUAUAAAGGUGCUUCUGUCUCUGCUUUCGGUGAAGAUGCCCAUCACAGAUGCAGACCUGAUCCGUGCUUUGACUUGCAAGGCCCUGGUCGGACUCUCUCGCAGUUCCGCCAUCAGGCAGAUCAUCAGCAAGUUGCCGCUUUUCGCCAGCGGUCAAAUUCAACAGCUGAUGAAAGAGCCGGUGCUGCAGGACAAACGAAGCGAGCACGUCCGCUUCUGCCACUAUGCUGCUGAGCUGACCAAGCGAGUGUCGGGCAAGCCUCUCCUCAUGGGAACUGAUGUUUCUCUGGCUCGUUUGCAGAAGGCUAACGUGGUUGCUCAGUCACGCAUUACCUUUUCCGAGAAGGAACUCCUCAUUCUGAUCAGGAACCACCUUGUGGCCAAAGGGCUCCACGACACAGCAAAUACCCUCGUUAAAGAAGCAAAUUUACCCACAGCACCCCUCUGCCCCAACUCCGUCUCCUACGUCACCCCUCUUCCAUCCACUUCCGUACCCAGGACUUGUCGGUUAUCCAGCGGGAUCGGAGCUCGUGUUGCCGGCCACCCUGGGACUUCUCCUGUGUCCUCAGCUUCUACCUCAGCUGUCCUGAUGACUCCUCCUCAUCCCGCACCUAACGGACAGGGCUCACGUCCUGUCGGACGGAUUUUGUUCUCACGCGAUCGCCCAGCAGCCAACUACAACUCAGGGAAGAAGCUUCGUGCACUAAAACAGAAGUCUGACCACGGCGCUUUCAUACAGACUCCAGCUAUGAAAAAACAGCUGGAGCUCCACGUGCCCUCCCCACCCACCUUGGACAGCAUCAUCACCGAGUAUCUGAGGGAACAACACGCCCGCUGCCGCAAUCCUGUCACCACCUGCCCCCCCUUUUCCCUUUUCACCCCUCACCGCUGCCCGGAGCCCAAGCAGAGGCGCCAGGCACCAUCCAAUUUCACGACCCGCCUGGGGAGCAGGGUGUUGUAUCCAAAGUACGGCGGUGUGGACAGAGGGUGUCUGGACAGACAUCUGAUAUUUAGCAGGUUUCGUCCCAUAUCUGUCUUCCACGAGGGCGAUGGAGACGAGAGCAGCUUCACGUGCUGUGCCUUCUCAGCCCGCGAGCGUUUCCUGAUGCUGGGAACGGUCUCUGGUCACCUCAAGCUCUACAACAUCUUCUCUGGACAGGAGGAGGCCAGCUACACCUGCCACACAUCCGCCAUCACACACCUCGAGCCCUCCAGGAAUGGCAAACUGCUUCUAACCUCUGCCUCCUGGAGUGUCCCGCUGUCAGCUCUCUGGAGUAUGGAAGACGUCUUUAGCAUGAAGAGCUCCUUUAUGGAUGAUCACUAUGUUGAGUUCAGCAAACUCUCUCAGGACAGAGUCAUCGGCACAAAAGACCAAGUUGCUCAUAUCUACGACAUCCAGACCGGUCAGAAGACUCUGACUCUAAAUGACCUCACCCUGGCCAACAAUUACAAGAGGAACUGUGCCACGUUUAACCCCACGGAUGACCUGGUGCUAAAUGACGGGGUGCUGUGGGAUGUGCGCGGGUCACAAGCCAUUCAUAAGUUCGACAAGUUCAACAUGAACAUCAGCGGAGUUUUCCAUCCGAACGGCCUGGAGGUCAUCAUCAACACUGAGAUUUGGGAUCUAAGGACCUUCCACCUCCUGCACACGGUCCCUGCCCUGGACCAGUGCAGGGUGGUCUUCAACAGCAACGGCACCAUAAUGUAUGGAGCAAUGCUGCAGGCUGACGAUGAGGUGGAUGUUAUGGACCAGCAGAUGAAGAGUCCUUUUGGUUCGUCCUUCAGAACCUUCGAUGCUACAGACUACGAGCCUAUUGCCACGGUGGACGUAAAGAGGAACAUCUUUGAUCUGUGUACUGAUACCAAGGACUGCUACCUGGCUGUUAUAGAGAACCAGGACUCGGUAAGCUUGGACACGGUCUGUCGACUUUAUGAAGUGGGGCGACAUAAAUUGGCAGAGGAGGGGGAUGAUGAUCAGGAUGACGAAGAUCAGGAUGACAAUGAUUCCUCCGACACAGAUGAUGAUGACGACGAUGAUGAUGAUGUUCUCGAUAUAGAACCUCUCAUUCAGGAACUUGCGGAUAUCGAGGAACGGGAAAAUGAAGAGCAGGAGAACCGGGACAGCGCUACCUCGCCUGCGGCCGAAGAGAUUGCAGAUCUUCUUGGGAGCAGCAGCAGCGAAGACAGUGAUGAUGAAGAUGACUCUGAAGAUUCAGAUGGAGGACCGAGUAAUUUUUUCAGUGAUGGAUCAGGUGACGACGAAGUGCUCCUCCCCGAGGGAUGGUAUUUAUGACGCAACAGAAGACCCGCCCCCAAACGCCCCAGGCUGACAAUGUGAAUAUUAAUUGAAUAAUUUGAUCCCAAAAUCCACAAAUUUCUGACAAAAAAAAAAAAUGCAGACGU